GCAGCAGCAGGAGGAGGAGGAGGGGUGACUCGCAGCCAACUCCAGAUUUUCUGCUAGUUGUGUUUUUAUUACAGUAACACUUGGGGAUUUUUGUAUGCUGAAAAGGCUAAAUCCCAGAGUCAGGAUGCAUGUGUCUCUCAUUCUGGGCUGGGGAAUUAUGCUGGCCGUGCUGUGUGUCAGGGUGGAAGCGAAACCUGCAGUUCAGCCACACCAGAAGUCGUUACGAGCUUUGCUUGGGGACGAGCUGGCUGAAUAUUUGGCCUCUGGGGAGAGAGGGGAUAGAAAUAUCGACCCCAAAUUCCGUGCCAGACUCCUGCGCGACUUGAGAGCCGACACCAGGUCGCGGGCAGCUUGGGCGAGGUUACUCAACGAGCACCCCAAUACUCGCAAGUACAAGGGGAUCAACAAGAAAGCACUCUCUAAGGGCUGCUUUGGACUCAAACUGGACCGUAUUGGCGCUAUGAGUGGCCUGGGGUGCUAAGACCUGGAGUGCCAUCUAGUGGCGGCUCCGAACAUUGACAACGGUUUUCUGAUCACUGGUUGUUAUCCUGUCUUAGAGUGGACGCCUAGCUGAGGAUCUUCUGAUUGGCCAAGCCAGAGAUUCCCUAGCAGUGGCAUAGGCCGGUACGAUGGGACACAGGACCUGCUGUUACCACAUGUCGUCUUUCAUUCUGUUCCCAGCGCACAAGAGCCGUACGUGUGCGUACUGUGUACAUAUCUGUAACGAGAGCUCCCUAGAUGUUUACAUAUCAGUUCAGACACCUGCUUCACCUGUGGGGUGGCCAAGCAGAUUCUCACACGUGUUCUUCACGUGUAGUGUGACUAGGCUCUGUAUGUGCUAAACCAUUCCUUAUCCAUGGUCUGUUGAUGUUUCAGCCACUUGGAUAUCUUUGUCAGACUACAGUAAACCCUUCAUAUACCACUUAGUUUUUAUUUUAACCCUUGGAAUUAGCCCUUAACAUCUCUAAUUUUGUUUAGAAUGUCUUUGAGCUACUGAUUGGGGUAUUCUGGACUACUUGAGUGGUAGCCCACAUAAGCUGCUGGCCUCUUUCAUAGAUUAUAGUGAAUUCCCAGCCCAUGCAGACAUAUGGGAAGACUGCAGUGCAUCCUGGGACAUCUCAUCCAGUCCUGCGGCACAGAUACAAUAUCUGUCUUAUUGCUUUAAGACACUGAAGUGCAACUUUAAACUUGCUUUAUCCAAUGGUAACUCUUUCCCUCUCUUAUUUUGGGACCCACAUACAUAAAAAAGCAUUUCACAGAGGUCAUUUAUACAUUACUUAUGCACUGUAUUUGUAAUUUUAAAGGGCUCUAAUGGAUAGCCCCGCACAGUGCGAUAUGGUACAGUGAAACUCACAGCAGGGUUCUAGUUAUCAGACACAUCAAAGCUAUUCAGACAAUGCAAUAAAAUUGCUGUGUUUUUAAUGAAGAGCUUGGGUCACAUACUUAAGUGACCUGGUAAAUAAUAUAACACAUUUGAUAACAAAGACAGCAGGUUCUGUUUAAAAACCCAAACUGUGUUUCUCAGGCAAAUUCCUUUAAUAAGACGCAGGGUAAGCUUUUAACAACAGGACUGGCUGAGACUGCUUCAGAUGCAUUGGACCAAGCAGGCCCCUCAGGCUAAUGGAAACACUCACAACUCUUGAGUUUGCACUCACACAAAAACUUCUACCUAACAGGCCCCAAACCUGGGUAAAGAGCCAAUGCCCCAUCCAGCAGCUCAACUGUCCCAUUUCCUGGGAUACAUGUAUUUGGUAUGAGGGAGACUGGCAGAGCUGUCUGUACAUUCACACCAUGCAUUGAUGUAUUUAAGUUGUAAAGCUAUUUAUAUUGUUUAUAAGAGAUAUUUAUAAAAAAUCUUUUAUUUAUGUAAUUAAAUGAACGGGGUCAAACAUUGUAACAUUUUGUCCUAAAUAGUUGAAACUUUUAAAAAAUAAAGGAAAAAAAAAUAAUAAAAAUAGUUCAUUUCA